AUGAAGUCUCGUCGACCAAGCUGCACUGACUCUGGAUCAGAAUCUUCAGACCCAGACUCCAAGAGUCCAGAGAAAUAUGAGACUACCACAAGGCGACGGAUGGCUGCCAAUGCCAGGGAGAGAAAGAGGAUGGAGGGUUUGAACACAGCCUUUGAUUGCUUACGCAAAGUGGUCCCCCAGUGGGGCCAGGACAAAAAACUCUCUAAGUACGAAACUCUGCAGAUGGCCCUCAGCUACAUCAUGGCCCUCAACCGGAUCCUGACAGACCCAAAGAGGCAUAAUGCUCCUUACAGGCAGUGGCUGGACCUGCAGUUUGACUGUGAUCAGCCUGAAAACUACCCCUGUCUCAUGAGGUAUGACUCUCCAGCUGGACAGGAAUGUAUCCACUCUUCGAUCUUAUAUCAGUUCAAGAGCCAUAUGGUCCACACAUAA